AUGACUGGAAAAUGUUAACCAUUGGACUCGAGACACCACACCCGUGACGCAAACACACUCUUUCCCUGUGUGAGAGCCACUAUUAUGUAUUCCCAUGAUCACACAUGCACACACAAAGUUUGUGCCGCAACAUCUAGCCCUGUGAUGUAUUCAUACUCAUUCAUACGACAGGAGAGUCACCUGCUCUGAAGAACGAUUGACCAGCCUCAUCGAAGAGAAGUCGCUACAAUGGCCUCCUCAGGUAACAUGUUACCGGAAAAGCAGUUCCAGUGCACCAUCUGUCAUCAGGUGUUCACCGACCCGGUCACCAUUCCCUGCGGACACAACUUCUGCCAGGCCUGCAUCCAGAAUUUGUGGGGUGGCAGUGAGGUCUGCCAGUGCCCCAUCUGUAAUAAAUCAUUCACCCCCCAGCCUGAAAUAAGCAUCAACACAGCCUUCAAAGAGCUGGCGGACGCAUUUAGGAAGAUAACAGGCUGUUCGUUGGCUUCACCGGCGUCCGCAGCCAAGCCAGGCGAGGUGGUGUGUGACGUCUGCGCUGCGACGUCCCUGCAGGUGAAGGCCCUGAAAUCCUGCCUGGUGUGUCUGACCUCGUACUGUGAAACCCACCUGGAGCCUCACCAGAGAGUCGCCACCUUGAAGCUCCACAAGCUGAUCGCGCCGGUGCAGAACCUGCAAGACAGGAUGUGUAAGAAACACGAGAGGCUGCUGGAGAUGUUCUGCAAGGACGAACACAAGUGUGUGUGCCAGUUCUGCACUGAGACUGAGCACAGGGGUCAUCAGGCUGUUACAGUCCAGGACGAGAGUGAGAAGAGGAAGGUCCAAAUGAAGAAGACUGAGGAAGAGUUUCAGCAAAUGAUCCAGGAACGGCUGAAUAAAGUCGAGGAGAUCAAAAACUGCCUGAAGUUCAGCAAGAUGAGUGCAGAGAAGGAGCUGAAGGAGAGCGACCGUCUCUUUUCCUCUUUGAUUCACUUCAUCCAGGAGAGGCAAACAGAAGUCAACACAGAGAUCUCGGAGAAGCAGAAGGCAGCAGAGACGAGGUCAGAGGAGCUAAUCAAUGAGCUGAAUGAGGAAAUCACUGAACUGCAGAGAAGAAAUGCUGAGCUGGAGGAGCUGAGGAACACUGAGGACCAUCUGCAGGUCUUACAGAGGACGCCUUCUCUAAUGUCACCUCCACCCACCCGAGACUGGAUAGAGAUUGGUGUCCAUUCUGAACUCUGCGUGGGGACGGUCACCACAGCACUGUAUAAAGUGAAGGACGCAGUGAUGAAUGAUCUCGAUGGUCUGAAGAAAGAAGAGAUGAAAAGGAUGCAGAAAUAUGCUGUCGACGUGGUAUUAGAUCCGGACACUGCCCAUCCAAACAUCGUCCUGUCAGCUGACGGAAAGCAGGCGGGCCGCGGCGAGCUGCUGCACAUUGUGCCUGACAACCCCCAACGCUUCGACCCCGUCAUCUGUGUGGUGGGCAAGAAAGGCUUCCUGUCCGGGAGGUUCUACUUCCAGGUCGCAGUGGGGACAAAGACCUUCUGGGACAUGGGGGUGGUCAGAGAGUCUGCCAACAGGAAGGGGAUGAUCACCUCCAAGCCAGAAAACGGUUAUUGGACAAUGCGACUGAGGAAUGGGGACGAGUAUCGCGCUUUGGACUCCCCUUCAGUCCAUCUUUCCCUCGAGGAGAAGCCGCAGAGUAUCGGGGUGUUUACGGAUUACGAGGAGGGGACCGUGUCGUUCUUCAACAUGGAGACCAGGUCUCACAUUUACACCUUCACCGGGUGUUUGUUCUCAGAGAGGAUCUUCCCCUUCUUCAGCCCGGGCGUCUGCGAUGGCGGGAAGAAUACAGCACCGCUUGUUAUCACUGAUGUUAAUCAAGAGACAUGAGACUUGAGGAUGAGCCUUUGCUUUGAAGCUGCCACAAUUUUGACUCGCAGAAUGGUUACAUACACCAGUAGCUCUCUGAGAUUGUAAUCUCCCGUGCAAAAUAUAUCAAUGCCUUGAAACAUUUAUUCUGACAUGAAACAGUUUUACAGUUGCUUAUGAUUCUGGAUUGGACUGUCGAAUUUAGGUCCUUGGUUUCUAACCCCAAGUCCCACCAUCCUGUCCGUCCUCAUGACAACCUGAUAUGUUUAUGCUUAUACCCUGGACAGUUUGUCAAAAACAUUAUAAGAGUAAUUCCUUUACUAGCAUGUUCAAAUUUGUUUGUGCAAUUUGUUUUUGAAAUAAAGGAUCAUUUGUUUUACUGUU